CUUGCAGGUAACUACUAACGUUCAACACAUAUUCAAACCCCAAGCAACAAAACAUCAUUUACACCAUCCACAACGUUUACAACAUACACCAUUCUCUGUUCUUGUCUCCCAGGCCUAGGAUAGUUAACUUGAAUUUCUCGUCCAAGGUAACAGGAAACUUCGAGACAUUCUGUUAUUUUUCUAUCCAAGCCUAGCCACUCGUCACUUUCACACUUGACUCUAAGCCUAUCACUGUUCGUUUUUUAUCACGCUCUUUUACAAUCUUGACAGAUCAUCACCGCAAUCAUGCGAUCUACAUCCUACUUGACAUGCUUUGCCUUCUUGGCUGUCACCGUUAUUGGUGCAUGGAACGACUUCACUGACCUGCACCCGGUCUUGGCCCCUCGCUAUGAUGUGAACCAGUACGCCAACAUGGUGCCGAUUAAGAACGUCAGUCUCUACUAUACUCUCGGCAAUUCCAUGGAUCCCCUCAAUAGUGUCAACGUUGAUCUACUAACCAAGCAACCUGCGAUGCUACUCGAGUCCAUCGGAUCGGUACACGCGGUUACUUGCACGUCUAACACGGUGACUAUUACUUUCAAUGCUACAACUGCGUUCGAGCGCGCCCUUGGAAUUUGGUCCCUCUAUGAUAUCUUCUACCUAGUCACAAACAGCGCAGAGGGUUGUGACGCUAAAGGUGAAAGAGGAAUCUACGAAGUCAGAAGUCUCAUCUGGCAAGACGACAUCGCCACGGUGACAGCACGGACUACCAAGAAGAAUUUUGCCGCCGUAACUGAUUCCAUGCAUGUCACCUUUUCCCAUGUCCGAGGCUCGAUGCAGAACAGUAGCGGAAACAUCACGUUCGAUGAGCCUGGUAUCAAUAUCGCCUCUAACUUCUCACUUCCUCGGGACAUGGAAAUCUUUGAAGCGCCAUACUUUACGACUAUAGCCAAGGAUGGAUACCUGACCGACGCUGCUAUAAUCCGCGGCUAUUUUAGCUACGAUGUUCCAAGCGCGCACCUUCAGAGUCUCUGGUUCGACAUAGACGCGGCCUUCAUCGGUGACUUAUCCGUCACUUUCAACCUUACCGCACCUCUUGACAACAACAACUUCUUGUUCUCCCCUGGCCAGUUCUUCCCCAGCGCUAUUAGUGUGCCUAAUGCCUUCAGUCUCAAACCAGCACUUCGUUGGGCCGUAGGUGCUGAUGUUGGUGCUGUGGGGGCUAUAUACCACAAUAGCAAUAUCACGACUGAAAUUAAUGACGGUCACGCACAUAUUGACUUCGUGAAUGCUGAUAAGUCAUACGCCGUUGGAUGGUCACCACGCCUCGCCUCUGCUGUCGAAACUGCGGAAGCAGCUACAGGACACGCAUCGCCUUUCAUUGAUUUCACAAUUGAGUUGGCCCUUGAUGUCAUGGAUGGCCUUUACAAUACCACAGGCGGAAUCACGGCACGGCCUCAGUUUGUGAACGAGUUGAACGUAGCACAGAGCCAAACGCGCGUCAGAAAGGCUAGCCGAAUGAUCUGGCCCAGGAACGUUACCUGCACCAACGGCUUCGAGCUACGCUCAGCUUUCAAUUUCUCCGUGAAUGCAUAUGUCGAGGGCUCAUGGGAGAAGACGCUGUAUAACACCACAGUCCCCAUUGCGGAUCAGUGUUACCGUUUUUAGGGUCUCACUCGCCAGACCAUCAAUAGUGCAAUAAUGGAUGGUAAUUUCUGUGGUGCAUGGUCCCUAGCGCCACAUUGCAGACAUUCAGCCUUGCCAAACGAUAUUCAUUUGAGCUGAUACAGAGGAGUAUGGUAGCUAGGAGAGAUGCAGAUUUGAGUUAUUACCAAAAAAGGAGAGAAAAUUGGAAUCUCGUUCAGUUAUGUCAGGAAGAAUGCGGUCAUGUAAUUAUCAGUCUCGGGCGCAGAUGCCAAGAGCGGGACUGAUGAUAAGGUGGCAACGGGACUAUGCAGUUAUGGAAGGUCUUCGGAUUUCGUACUUGGUCCUGUUGUGGCUUAUUGGGGCAUCAUUCUAAAUCAUUCUAAGUCA